GGAGUUUCCGACCAGGCAGGAAAAAGAACAAAGGAACUGCGUAGGGGGGAGAGGGUGGAGGAGAUGGUCAGGAGGGUGGCAAGAGUAGAGGAGACGCUUCACCAUGGAAUAUGAAGUCAAGAAAGGGAAAAAGGGCUUUGUAUCCCCCAUCCGGAGGCUGGUGUUCCCCAAGGCUGGGCGCCGGGCUGCCUUUCGGACCAGUGUGAGUCGCCGGCCCCUGCACUCGAUGCCCCUUUACCCCCCUGACUACCUCAUCGACCCUCAGAUUCUGCUGUGUGACUAUCUGGAGAAAGAGGUCAAGUUCCUGGGCCACCUCACCUGGGUUACCUCCUCACUGAACCCCUCCAGCCGCGACGAGCUCCUGCAGCUGCUGGACACGGCCAGGCAGUUGAAGGAGCUGCCGCUGAAGACCACAGCGGAGCAGGACAGUAUCCUGAGCCUGUCGGCCCGCUGCCUGCUGCUCACCUGGCGCGACAACGAGGAGCUAAUCCUGCGUAUCCCCACGCAUGAGAUCGCCGCCGCCUCCUACCUGCAGGACGACGCGCUGCACCUGCUGGUGCUUAAGACCGGUCUGGGCGUGGACCCGGUGCCAGCCGGCGUAGACGCCAGCCCCGGCGGCGCAGGGCGCGACCCGGGCCCGCCGGGCGCGGCGCCCGAGAAGCGGCGGGGGGGCACCACGGAGCGGCGCCACACCAUCUGCAGCCUGGACUGGCGGAUGGCGUGGGGCGGGGGCGCGGGCGCAGAGGCCCGGGCCGGGGGCGGCGGCGGCGGCAGCCUGGAGCGCCAGCGCGCCGGGGCGCGGGCGUCGGGCAGCUGGGAGCGGCGGCAGACGUUCAGCGGCAGCUGGGAGCGGAGGCACGGCGGCGGCGGCGGCGGCGGCGGCGGCGGCGGCGCGGGCAAGCCGGGCGGCAGCUGGGAGCGGAGGCAGGCGGGCGGCGGCGGCGGCGGCAGCUGGGAGCGGCGCCACCCGGGCUCCAACCCGCUCGACCCGCAGGACCCCAGCCCCGACGCCUACUGCAACCUUGUCAUCCUGGCUGUGGCCAACAGGGAUGCUGCCGAGGAGUCCUGUGCCCUCAUCUGUCAGGUCUUCCAGAUCAUCUACGGGGACCAGAGCAUUGAGUGCGUGGACCGGGCUGGCUACCACUACACGUCCACGCCCGAGCGGCCGUGGCUCUGCAGUCGCAGUGAGAGCUGCCGCACGGAUGGGACUUACGCCUACGACGCCGACUUCAGCUGCUGCAGCUCCUUCAAUGGCUCCCAGGAUACAUUUGAAGCGUGUUAUAGUGGUACGUCCACACCCUCUUUCCACGGCUCCCACUGCAGCGGCAGUGACCACAGCGGCCUGGGCCUCGAGCAGUUGCAAGAUUACAUGGUCACGUUGCGGAGUAAACUGGGGCCCCCUGAGAUCCAGCAGUUUGCGGUGCUCCUGAGGGAGUACCGGCUGGGGCUGCCCAUCCAGGACUACUGCGCAGGCCUGCUGAAGCUCUACGGAGACCGGCGCAAGUUCCUCCUCCUUGGGAUGCGGCCCUUCAUCCCGGACCAGGACAUCGGCUACUUCGAGGGCUUCCUGGAGGGGGUGGGCAUCCGCGAGGGUGGCAUCCUCACGGACAGCUUCGGGCGCAUCAAGCGCAGCAUGAGCUCCACGUCGGCGUCGGCGGUACGCAGCUACGACGGCGCGGCCCAGCGGCCCGAGGCGCAGGCCUUCCACCGGCUGCUGGCCGACAUCACGCACGACAUCGAGGCGCUGGCCCCCGACGACGAAAGCACGGACGAGGAGGCCCGGGACUCCCCUGGCGGGGGCGACGCAGCUGAGGACAACUACCUGUAGCCGCAGCCCAUGCGGUCGGUGGGGACACACCUGCACUCCCGCCUGUGGGAUCCCGGGCCCUGGGACGCCCCUCGCACCGGACGCGGGCCUCCACUCCCCGGGGUGUCCGUCCCUACCCUCGGGGCUCCAGGCCCUGCAAUACCGAGAAUGUCCUGCAGGAGGCGGGACCCUAAAGUCCUGGGCAGUCGCCUGGGGUUCAGCAGGCCCUUCGGCCAGACCCGGUUGGACAGCGCCCUGCUUUGUCCCACUAACCCCAGGCGCGGCCCCAGGACAACUCGUCUUUCCCGCGACUCCCGCAGCUUUCUGGAGGCCAAGGGAGGGAUGACGGGUGGGCUCCACCUGCUGGCGGACUGAGAAAAGAAUUCCCAGAGCCCACAGACCGCUGUUCCUCCUGUUUUACGCUUUGAGAAACUGAGGUUCAAAGAAGGGGAAGAAACUUGAGGGAAUCUCCUAUUUCUCCCUAGAUAUUACUUCAAACUAACCAUACUAAAUAGCGUCGAGGGUCUUUUUAGGGCUCUAAAUGGCAGGGUCGCCCCUCCCCUGAUGGCAGAAAUUGGAUCAUCAGUGUGAAAGAGAGGUUUUUCUCUACUGGCACUUAAGUCAGAAAUAGGUGAUCGGGGUCCCAGUCCUGGCCCUAAGACUCUGAACAAGUUGCUUGUUCAGGUCUUGGAUCUGGAGCCAGACAGACCUAGGGCUCCUGUCCGGUUAGUGUUCUCACCUCUUGGUGAGUUCCAUUCCCUAAUCUGUUGAUGAGGUGCGCCCCUCCCACUUCACAGGGUGGUUCUGGGUACUAACAAAAGUCAAGACCUUAGUGCUGGGUCCAGCACAUGAUAGGCACCCAAUAAAAGCUGUUCCCUUCCACAUCCAACACUUUCAGAUUUGGUCUGCCUGUCUUGCCUGGGAGCAGUGGGGUGGGAACUGAGGUGGGGGGUGGGCUGUAAGAAGACCCUUGGGGAAGUUUGUGAAGAGGAAAUAGGACUUGCUCCUCACGGCUCUAUGACACUCUGGCUCUGGGUUCAAGCCCCAAAUGAAAAGUCCCCAAGGCUUCACAGGCUGCCAUCAUGAGAGUCCGUGGUCGUUGAAGAAACCUGAUGGCAGGGUUGGAGAGGUAGAGAAGUCAGCGUAAGGACAACAUUCAACACGGCCUGAGUAAAGGCUUGGAGGCUAAAAGGGAUGAGUCCUGAGAGAAUGUCAGAGACACACAGAAUCGCUAAAGUUCAUUUGCAAAACUUUACAGAGCCUUCCAUGUUGAGACCGUGAGGUAGGUACAAUUAUCACCAAUUUUAAAGUAACAUUAUUAGGGCUUCAGGUCCAGAGUUCCAUGAUUUAUACCCAGUUUGUAGCAAAUGGCCAUCCCAUCGUAAUUAGUCCUUUAAGGCCCUCUGAUGUUUUCUUUGGUUUAUUUCCCCCUUCUAGCCACACAUUCCCCACACUCCUUCCCCUCCCCACUGUGCGCACCCACCCUACGUGUUGAUAUAUGGCCCUGAACAUAAAAUACACAAUGCUUUGUGUGUGUAUUUACCCUACGUGAAUGGCGUUGUGUAAAGAUCUCAUUCUGUUGCUUUCUUUUUUCACUCCAUCAUAUGAGUUUUAAGAUAACCCAUGUUGCUGUGGGAAUAUCUAGCUUAUCACAUCAAAUUGCUGCAAAGCAUUCCAAGCUGAGCAUCCGUGGUUUUAUUUAUCCACCCCCACCCCAGGGAUGGACACCCAGGUGGCUUCCAACUUCCUCUCACCGCAAAAAACACUGUGAUGAACAUCUUUGAACAUGACCCUAUGGGCCUAUGUGAAAAUUUCUUUGGACCCUAUACCCAAGUGGAAUUAGUAAAUCACAUGUGUGUUUUAAAUGUCACUAAAUUCUAUUUGUGGCAUGUGAAAGAUGCUUGUCUCCCCACAUUUUCAUUUGCUUUUACAUUAUCCGACUGUAAUUUUUGCCUAUAGUUUGGAUGUAAGGUGGCAUCUCAUUGUUUGAAUUUCUCUGAUAAUAUGAGAUUCAGAAUCUUCUACACUUGUCAGGCAUUUGGGCUUCCCCUUCAGUGAACUGUCCAUUCAUGUCUUGGGCCCAUCAUCUAUUGGGUUUCCUGUCUUUUUCUUUUCUUUUUUUUUUU